CGAGUCUCCUUUUUGCCAGCAGCUUGAGACAAGGUGACCUAUCAGGUACACACACACAGCUGCAAUUUUAUACCUGACCUGACCAGGCUGUCUGCAGGCUGUAAUAACCAGCAGAGUGGAACCCUAACAGAGCUUUCUCCACCCUCACCUUCAAGCCCUGACACAGAACAACACCAAAUCUUUCCUCACUGUACAACAGGUGCUUGAGUUUUACGUUUAUACAAAUAAGAGCUUCAUUAGCCAGCAGUGGUUGCAGUGAUGGUAGAGGGGAAACCAUAUCGGUACGGAUUGAUAGCGGCGGGGCUGUGUGUGGCAGCAGUUGGCCUCUUCAUCAUGACUCAGGAGCGACCGCACAUCUACGCCACAUUAUGCGUUCUGGGCGUCAUCAUGGUGUGUGCCGGGACUGUGUGGAGCCUCUGCCAGUGCUAUCCCAAGGUCAUUUUGGCUCCUGAGAUCCAGGACAAAUGUCUAGAGGAUCUAGUGUGUACUGCAGCUGGAGCAAAAGAUGAAAGGCAUGCUGAGGCUCUGCCAGGUUUCUGUGGCCAAAAGUUGAGCAGCAGCAGACUUCUUCCUGAAGCCCUGAAGAGCCAAUGCCACAGCUGCCCCACACUGCACCUGGUCUGAGGGAGGGACACCAUCAUCAGAGGACUCCUCAUUGGUCCAAUCAAAACACUCCACCACACUGCACUCAGGACAGUGAAGAGAUCAUCUGAUGCAUUUUUAUGACCUUUGACUAAAUGACAGCAUCACUCACACAUGAUGCUGUUUGGAUGUGUAUUUUGUUUUUACAGCUAAUGGAAGUGACUGAUUAUGUAUUAACAGUUGAACACUUUGUGUCAGUGUGAAGUUAAUAAAGUUGAAUGUGUACUGAG